AAUCCCAGCUGAGGACCAGAGAACUAAGAUUAUCAGGGUGAGUUCUGCUCAGUUUUAGUGACCGACGACCUGCAAACGCUAUGGCUCAUUUCUCAACGUACAUCAUCUUUACCUCUGUCCUCUGGCAGCUAAGAGUCACGGCAGCUUCUGGAACUCUGAAGGAGGUGGCCGGUGCCCUUGAUGGAUCUGUGACAUUCACUCUGAAUAUCACUGAAAUAAAGGCUGACUAUGUUGUAUGGACCUUCAAGACAUUCUUUCUUGCCAUAGUAAAAAGAGACAGUGUUACAUCACAAAGUAGUAACAGAGAAAGGAUAGUCUUUCCAGACGGACUCUACUCCAUGAAACUCAACCAGUUGAAGAAGAAUGACUCUGGAGCCUACCGUGCAGAGAUUCACAGUGCAUCGCACCAGUCUUCCUUCAUCCAGGAAUACAUGCUGCAUGUCUAUGAGCAUCUGUCAAGGCCCAAGGUCACCAUGGAUUGGCAAAGCAACAAGAACGGCACGUGCAUAAUCAAUCUGACGUGUUCCACGGAUCAGGAGGGGGAGAAUGUGACCUACAGCUGGAAAGCUGUGGGGCAGGGGGACAAUCAGUUUCAUGAUGGCGCCACCCUCCCCAUCGCCUGGAGAUCCGGAGAGAGAGACCAGGCCUUAAUCUGCAUGGCCAGGAAUCCAGUCAGCAACAGUUUCUCAACCCCCGUCUUUGCCCAGAAGCUCUGUGAAGAUGCUGCCACGGACCUAACUUCACCCAGGGGCAUCUUAUACACCCUGUGCAUCUCAGCAGUGAUCAUCCUAUUUGUUGUCCCACUGAUUGUUCAUAUUAAGUGGAUAAAGAAGGGACAAGGAUGUGAGGAAGACAAGAAGAGAGUGGACAGGCACCAGGAAAUGCCCGACGCGUGCCCUCACUUAGAGGAGAACACAGACUAUGACACAAUCCCUUACACAGAAAAAAGGAGACCAGAAGAAGAUGUACCAAACACACUGUAUUCCACUGUGCAGAUCCCCAAAGUGGUGAAGAGUCCCAGCUCCCUGCCUGCAAUGCCACACGUGCCAAGGCCAUUAAGCUUUGAAAAUGUUAUCUAGACGGCAGCGCUCCGUCCUCUCCAGAAAAAAACUGCAAACAAAACAAAACAAAAACCUCACCAUUCUGAGCAGAAAUGAGAACUUCUGUCAAAGACUGAAUGUAAAUGUCUCCCCGCCAGUAAAGGUCAGGCUCAAGGGCUUUCAGGGUACAAUGACUCUUGGGGACUGGGAUACAGCCCAUUCAGACAUUCUGACAAAGAAUCUGGCUAUGCCCAUCCUUUCUCCGGUAAUUAUGAAUGAGGCUGUGUUCAUAGGCAGUGGACUAAUUUGUCUGAUGAAGAAAUUUUCGAGACAACACAGCAUCUAGGCUGUGGCACAGUCACAUUCCCCAUUUUUAUUCACAGUUAUAGUAACUAUUGUAUGUAAAUAUUUAAUCUCAAUCAUUCAGUUCCCAGAUAAAAGACGCAUCACCUUUUGUAUUUAUAAUAAGCCUUUAUAGCACUAGAGCUGGACAGAUAUCUACCCGCUAAGCUAUUUUGCGUACUUCCCUAUCCCAGAUAUACAAUUUGCCACAUUCCAUCUAGGCUGCUCUUACUCCAAUUGACCCAGCCCUGGUGGCCAUAUUUUCAUGAUUCCCCAACACAAUGGUAUCUUCUCCUCUCUCCACCUUAUCUCUCUUCCCUCCUCACGAUCCUCCUGCCUCAGAUCCCAAGCCUGGGAACCAAAACCUCACCUACUUCUCUUCUGCCCAGCUAUAGGCUGCCGACAUCUUUAUUCGCCCAACAGCUUUAAAUUAAGGAGCAGGGAAACAUGUCAUCACUUUGUGUAGGUGGGGAUUCUCUAGUCCCAGAGGGCAGCCGGACCUUGAGGACCAGUGAUGAGUAUUACAACACAUAGCAACCGGCCAAACCUCAGCAGAACUCAAA